AUGCCGCCAGAAUUCACUCACAAAGACGCUACUACACCGAUAGCGGUGGUUGGGUUGAGCUUUCGAGGUCCGGGAGAUGCCACAGACUCAGAAGGUCUGUUGCGAAUGGUGGCAGAAGGCCGCGAGAGUCGGUCUCCAGUCCCAAAGCAGAAAUGGCACCACGACGCAUUCUAUCAUCCCGAUGCAAGCCGGCAUGGUACUCACAAUGUCGAGUAUGGCCAUUGGUUUCAGCAAGAUGUCUAUGAGUUUGAUGCGCCGUUCUUCAACAUAUCGGCAUCAGAAGCAAUUGCUCUGGACCCCCAACAGCGCAUGCUAUUAGAAUGCUCGUACGAAGCUUUCGAAAAUUCAGGCACGCCGAUUUCGAUGGUGCUGGGGACAGAUACCUCCGUCUUCGCGGCUUGCUUUGCGACGGACUAUACAGAUAUGCUCUGGAGAGACCCUGAGACUGUACCUGCAUACCAGUGCACAAACUCCGGAUUUUCUCGGUCCAACAUGGCAAAUCGAAUAUCAUUCUCAUUUGAUCUUAAAGGACCAAGUGUCACAGUCGACACUGCGUGCUCUGGUGGCUUGACCGCUCUCCAUCUUGCGUGCCAGAGUUUGAUAUCCGGGGACUCCAGACAGGCCUUGGCGGCUGGAUCUAGUUUAAUACUAGGUCCUGAAUCCAUGUUCACGAUGAGCAUGAUGAAUUUUUUGUCGCCUGAUGGAAAAUGUUAUGCUUUCGACGAACGGGCAAACGGCUAUGCACGAGGAGAAGGCGUUGCUGUUUUGCUUCUAAAGCGACUCGAUGACGCUCUUGCCGAUGGUGACACUGUUCGAGCAAUCAUUCGGGGCACAGGUUGCAACCAGGAUGGAAAGACGCCAGGUAUUACGAUGCCCAACGGAGUGUCUCAAGAAGACUUGAUAAGAUCAGUAUAUACUAAAACUGGCCUUGAUCCACUGGAGACAUCAUUUGUGGAAUGCCACGGAACAGGAACCCAGGCUGGCGACACGACCGAAACGGGGGCUUUGAAAGCAGUCUUUGGUUCCGGUCGUCAGCUGAGAAAUCCGCUAAUGAUAGGGUCCGUGAAAACCAAUAUCGGCCAUCUCGAGGGAGCAAGUGGCCUUGCCGGAGUGAUCAAGACCAUUCUGAUGUUGGAAAACGGCAUCGUUCUCCCACACCGAAACUUCGUAACGGCCAAUUCACGAAUUCCAUUGAAAGAGUGGGCACUUCGCGUUCCGGUGACAGUCGAAGCUUGGAGCUGCUCAUCGGCUCGUCGUGCGUCCGUGAAUAGCUUUGGGUACGGCGGAACAAAUGUUCAUGCAAUCAUUGAGAGCGCCGAGGACUAUCUGCAAGCUCGUGGCUAUAAGGCGAAUGCUUUCACCAGAAGCUCUGCACUUGCUAUUGGAGCAAUACAAAACGCCCUCAGUCAGGUGCAUACAAAUGGACACUCAGCCACCACCACCACCAAAAGCCCGAAUGGCCUGUCGAAUGGGCAUUUGAAUGGUUUUGGCAACUCUAGAUCUGUCGUCAACGAUUCAAAUCAUCAUGAAACCAGCGCUCAAGAUCAGCAAGGGAACGGUGACCACAUAUGGAAGAUCAAUGGGCACACAGAGCGGGUGAAUGGUCAGAUCAAGGCCAAGAAACAGCUCUUUGCGCUUUCUGCUUUUGAUCCAAGGGCUGGAAAAAUGUGGGCUGACAAGCUGGCCGACUAUAUUCAAGACAGACAGGAGGUAAACGAGGCAGAUUUACUGGAUGGUCUUGCAUUUACUUUGAGCGACAGAAGAACGAUCCACUCAUGGAAGGCUGCCAUAGUUGCGGACUCCCGGAAAAGUCUAAUCUCACAAUUGAGGGACUGCCAGUUUGUCAAUUUUCCACCGAAAAAGAAUCUCGGCUUUGUCUUCACAGGUCAGGGAGCGCAGUGGUGUGGAAUGGGGAAGGAGCUCAUUGAUGCCUUUCCGCGGUUCCGGCAGAGCCUUGAGGACUGUGAAGCCGCAUUGUUGCGCUUUGGAGCUUCUUUCAAUGUGCUGGGUGAACUCCAAGCAGAUUUCGAAGAGUCCCAGGUCAAUAAAGCACAGUAUAGCCAGCCUUUAUGCACAGCACUGCAAAUUGCGUUAGUGAACCUGCUUGAUUCUUGGAACAUUCAUCCUGUUUCUGUUACUGGUCACUCAAGUGGAGAAAUUGCGGCGGCAUACUGCGCCGGUGCAAUCAGCCUGGAAGAUGCUAUGCUUAUCGCAUAUGAGAGGGGGUGUGCAACCGUUGAGCUCGCCGAUAAAGGAGUCGAAGGGGCCAUGGCCGCGGUCAGCAUGACGCGAGAGGAGUUGAGCCCCAUCCUUUCGAACUUGCGCAAUGGAAAAGCCGUGAUAGCCUGCUCAAACAGUCCGUCAAGUUUCACGGUUUCUGGAGACAGGAGUGCUGUAGACGAGCUACAGCAAAUACUUCGAGCUCAGGGAGUCUAUAAUAGGAGACUUGUGGUUGGAGUGGCAUAUCAUUCGCACCACAUGAACCUUGUCGCAGACAGCUACAGGGCCGCCAUCUCCAAUAUCGAAGCAAAAGAGCAAUGUGGCGCCAGAUUCUUCUCCUCUGUCACAGGCAAGCAAGUGAGAACGUCGAACUUAGGAGUCGAUUACUGGGUCAACAAUCUUGUCAACGAAGUGAGGUUCUCACAAUCUGUGCGUCAACUGGCAAAUCACGAUGACCUCGACGGCGCGUCGCGAGUGCAAACUUUGGUUGAGAUCGGUCCUCAUGGAGCACUCGCAGGACCGAUCAGACAAAUUCUUCAAGCUGACGAGAGUUUGGUAAAAUCAUCGAUAGAAACACUUUCCGUUCUCACUCGAAAGAAGGAUGCUGUUGUGACAGCAUUGGGGAUGGCAUCAAGCCUGUUUGUAUCUGGACAUGCGAUUCGAUUGUCAGCGGUGAACAGAAACUGGAACUCGGUAAUUCCACCACUCAUCGAUCUACCUCCUUAUGCCUGGAACCACACCAAGUCAUACACUGCUGAAUCGCGAAUCAGCAAGGCACACCUGCGGCGCGAGAACCCCAGAACUGAUAUUCUUGGAGUGUUCGAUGUCCACUCCAGCCCACUCGAGCCGCGAUGGCGACAGAUCCUUCGUCUAUCGGAGUUGCCAUGGCUUAGAGAUCAUAGUAUCCAAUCUGCUAUCGUUUAUCCAGCCGCGGGCUACAUCACUAUGGCCAUCGAGGCUGCUAGACAACGAAAAUCCUGGGUGGCGCCAGGGGCCCGUGUCUUUGGCUAUCAAUUCCGCGAUGUCGCAGUCAGCUCCGCACUGUUGAUUCCUGAAACUCCGGGUGAGGUUGAGAUCGUCAUCACACUAAAGGCGUUUUCCGAAAGUGUCCGAUCAUCUUCAAACUUAUGGGAUGAGUUUUCCGUCUCAUCUGUUUCAGCUGAAAACAGAUGGACCGAGCACUGUCGUGGAUUGAUUGCUGUAUCAGCUGUGUCCAAUGCGACAAAUCCAGUCAAUGGAUUGGCCAAUGGGGAAUCUGUCAUGGCCACUACUGAAGGCAUGGUAGCGGAUUUCAACGCUGUCUGCACAAACCCUGUAGAUACUGCAGACCUGUAUAGGCACCUCUCACAGGUCGGAAUGCAAUACGGCCCGACAUUCGCAAACAUCCAUGGAAUCCGUUGUGCGUCAGGUCGAUGCAUGAGCCAAAUCCAGAUCCCAGAUACGAGAGCAGUGAUGCCGAUGCAGUUUGAGCAUGCUUCAAUUGUGCAUCCGACUACUUUGGACAGCAUCUUCCAGACAUAUCUUCCGGCACUCGCAGAGCAAAUGGGUCAAUUGAACAGUCCAGUGGUCCCGGUUGGGAUAGAAGAUAUGUUCAUCGCCCAGGAUAUCUGCAGCAAAGGAGGCGAGGUGCUCGCUGCAUACACCUCGACCACUCGCAAGGAUAAUCGAUUCUUCUCGGCGGAGAUUGAUAUCUUCGAUGGUGCCUAUGUCACUGGCAAGCGUCCUGUGAUUCAGGUGAAGGAAAUGACAAUGGCAGCUCUCGAUCGGAAUUAUAGGGAGGAAAACAGCGGUUUUUCUCUUUCCCGUGCCUUCAAUAUGAAAUGGGCACCCGAUGUGGAUUUAUUGAGCGAGUCGCAGAUCCAAACCCUUGUUCGCCAGCGAAUGUACGCGAGAGCAACCAACAAUCUGGGCGUGGAGAAUGAUGACACAAGUGACGAGUUGUCGAAAGCCUUUCAAUUCGCCGCGGAGUAUAUUCACCUCCUAGCUCACAAAAGCCCUGGUCAAAGGGUUCUGGCUAUGGGAUGUUGCACCGGGUCGGGGGCAACAGCUGUUCUUUCUAUGCUCUUUGCACUCUGUGAUGGUGUUGCACCGUUUGCUUUAUUCCACUGCACUGAUACUGAUCCCACUAUACGUCAAGACUGGGAGACAAGAUUGCCCAGCUGGUCCAGCUCCCUUUCCCAAAAGGAGAUCACAGCAGGUGCCGGCGACUCUCAGGGCGGAAUAAUAGGUUCUGAAGACAUGUAUGAUCUUGUGGUGGUUUUCAACCUCUCUAAAUCGGAUCAAGAUUCUUCAGACGCCCUGUCCUCAUCUUCACUACUGCUAGCACCCGAAGGAAGAUUGCUGCUAGUAGAUCAAAGUAUGGAGUCAUAUUUCGCGAGGUUGGCCAUCAGUCGAAAUCGACCAUUCGAGACAGAAAGCCCACUGACAAACGGGAAUCAUACUGAAGCCAAAGGGUUCAAGGGCUACCAAAAAUGGUCGGAGGGCGUAGUCGCUUUCCACUCGACUCAAGGACCAACGAAGAAGGACCCAAUAUCGGAACUACUCAUCGUGGUCGCAGACGGAAUGCCACCCCAAGCCGACUUGCCUCACUUGCAGAGUUUGUUGCAAAAGCUGAACGUCACAGCGGAUGUGGUGCUGCUCGAAAACGCAGACCCCACACCAACACAGGCGUGCAUCAUGCUCACCGAGCUUUCCAAGCCUGUGUUAACAGCGCCCACAGAGGCCGAGUGGAGCGCACUUAAGAGGAUUGCUCAUGGGGGCGCUGGCGCUUUGUGGGUUACUCGUGGCUCUGGAGGGGACAUCUGUGCAAACCCGGAAGCUUCGCUCACGCAUGGAUUCACGCGCACCAUCCGCUCAGAAACAGGAGACCGCCCGAUCGUGACUUUGGAUCUGGACGGUACUCAUCCGCUCGCAGCUCAGGACACCGCAGAAUGUAUAGCGAAUGUCUUCCAGCGCAUACUCGUGAGCGGCGGGGGAGUUAUGGAACAUGAGCUUAUUGAGCGGGGCGGUAUUCUGCUCGUGCCUCGGCUAGUCCAGGACAUCGAAGCUAGCGAAAAGAUACAGGAAGAAAGUGGGCAGAUUGCUCAGGUAAAACCAUCACUGCGACCCCUUGGUGAAGUGGGUGCUUCGCGCCUUCUAGUGGAAACACCCGGACUGCUGGACAGCCUGCACUUCGCGCCUGAUGAGCGGACCAAUAGUAUGUUGGCACAACAGCAAGUGGAAGUGGAUGUGAAAGCAGCAGGCAUCAACUUCAAGGAUGUCAUGAUGGCCAUGGGCCAGAUACCAGUUGAGGACCUAGGUUGCGAGUGCAGUGGCGUGGUUUCCGCCAUAGGAGAAGAGAUCGCGAGUGACCUGCACGGCCUCCGAGUUGGGGACCGAGUAAUGUGUUUGAGUUCAGGCUCUUUCUGUACCAAGCUGCGACUCGACGCAAAGCUGGCCGAGAGAAUUCCGGACACAAUGUCUUUCGAAACCGCAGCUGCCAUUCCCAUAACUCACGUCACCGCGUACCACUCUCUGCACAACAUCGCGCGCCUACGCAAGGGCGAGACAAUUUUGAUACACGCUGCCACGGGUGGCUUGGGCCAAGCUUUGGUCGAAAUGAGCGAACUGAUUGGAGCUGAAGUAUUUGUGACUGUGGGUAGCGCAGAGAAGAAGGCUUUGGUUAUGGACCGGUUUGGGGUUGCGGAAGAGCGCAUCUUGUACAGUCGAGACAUGAGCUUUACGCAUGACGUGAUGUGUUCGACAGGUGGCCGCGGCGUUGAUGUGAUCGUCAAUUCCCUAGCGGGAGAGGCACUGCGGAACUCGUGGACAUGUAUUGCGCCAAACGGACGGUUUGUCGAGCUCGGCCAGCGAGACAUUACUCUCAACACGCGGUUGGAAAUGGCGCCAUUCGCACGUAACGCUUCGUUCACCGCAUUCAACCUGGCUUUCACCAUGCGCAAUGAUCCCCAAGCGGCACGGGACGUCCUCAUGAAGGUUUUGGACCUCUUCGCGAGCGGAGCCUUGCGCGGCCCUGAUCCGCUUGAGACAUAUGCUUUCUCUGAGCUCCAGCAGGCGUUCCGUAAAAUGCAAACUGGCCGCCACAUGGGUAAGCUCGUGGCAGUCGCAAAGCCGGAUGACCUCGUCAAGCAUAUAGCAACCACCACCGAAGGCCCACUAUUCCGUUCUGACGCGUCAUACCUGUUAAUUGGCGGUCUCGGGGGUAUUGGGCGAGCAACGGCAGUAUGGAUGGCGUCGCGUGGAGCCAAGCACAUCAUUUGCCUCAAUCGAUCAGGCCUCAGUAAUCACCAAGCCCAAGAAACAGUAAGGGCAGUCGAGGCUGCGGGGUGCACGGCCACCGUUUUCGCCUGCGAUGUUGCUGAUCCCGCUCAACUUGCUUCUACCCUAGAGGUGGCGCGCCAUCAACUGCCGCCCAUUCGCGGUGUCAUCCAAGGUGCCAUGGUCUUGCGUGAUUCCAUGUUGGCCAAUAUGACGCUGGAGGAUUACCUGGCUGUCCUGCGUCCCAAAUUCCACGGCACACGGAACCUGCACGACCAGCUAUCAACGAACUUGGAUUUCUUCAUCAUGGAAUCGUCGGUCAGCGGAAUAGUAGGCAACACAGCGCAAGCUGCUUAUGCAGCAGCGAACACCUUCCUUGACGCAUUCGCACGGUAUAGGAGAUCCAACGGGCUGCCCGCAACAACAAUCGACAUCGGCGCUGUGUCCGGGGUGGGAUAUUUGGCGCAGAACGAAGAGCUGAAAUUGGCCAUGCAGCGGCAAGGGUUCGACUUCACAGAUGAAGCAGGGUUGAUGCGACUUCUCGAGUUCUCUAUCAGGAACUCCGCUCGCGAUGUCGAUCGCGCUCAUAUAAUCACCGGCUUGGGGGCUUGGAACCCGGAGACUUCCCUGCCAGCGCUGGACGCGCCAUUGUUCUCCCAUUUCCGCAUGAAGACUGCGACCUCUGCGGAGGUGGGAAAAGCUGAAGCGAGCCUCCACCAGGCUCUUAAACAAUCAAAAGAUGUCAAUUCUGCGAUUGAUUUGAUUGUUGUCGCAUUGGUCAAUCAAAUUGUGUCCCACACUGGUGUUCCUGUUGAGAACGUCAGCACGUCGAAGAGCUUGCAGGACUAUGGCAUCGACUCACUGGCUGCUGUGGAGUUGAAGAACUGGAUCUCGAAAGAGAUGGAGAGUGUUAUUCCAAUCUUUGAGUUGAUGGCUGCUGAAUCGCUUUCGGACUUGGCAGCCAAGAUCGCGGGGAGAAGCAGAUUGGUAGUGAGCUCAAACGGCGCGUGA